CUUUGCCUGCUUGAAGACCUUGUCAAUCCCCUCUGGCUUGAGCAGGUCUAGAUCGACGGCGAGGAAGUUCUUGUCGUUGGCACCGUCAAUCUUGAGCUUGGAGCUGGUGCGGGCCGUGGCGACGACGUUGUCGCCUGCAGCGAGGGCUGCCUUUGCCAUCUCGUGGCCGAAGCCGGUCGUGGUGCCUGUGAUGAUGAAGGUGCGUGCCAUUGUUGAUAUCGAUGAGAAGGUUGGUAGACGGAAGAAAGGAGGAGUGGCGAGAGGAGGGUGGAGGGCGGUGUUAUGAAGUGUGGGGGCGACGUGGGCGAAAGGGUCUCUUGUGGAGGCGCCCAAUCACCGCCGGCACGAUUGGCCGCUGGUGCAGAUCCGGCGGCGGCCAAAGCACCCAAGGGCCCAGGUUGCAGCCAGCCUGCACCUGGGGCCGUCGUCGCCUACUCGGCAGCUUGACUUGGUGCUUGCCAUCAUUGAGCCUCGACGUUUGCUCUGCUACACACCUCUGUCGCUGCCAUCAGCCUGCAAUGCUGCACUGAGGGCGAGGCGCUCAUGCGAGACGGAAGCACUCGACUUUCUCGCGUGGCUUUCUCCCCGCACGCACAUGUGCGACGCAACUCUUG